UCUCGGCCCAAACGUAUGCGUAAGUGGCCCGAUUAAAUGGGCCUACAGAAAAUACGGCCCAUAUAGACUUUUUUCCCUGAGACUCCUGCAGUCUGCCUUCAUUCAGUUGGGCUGAAAAAAAGAAAGCCCCGGACCCCCGUGCUGGUGCGGAGGCUACUGGAUGGAGCGCGCAACUCCCCACGCCCACGGCCGAGACGCGAUGGCCGCCGGACCGCCGCCGCUCGCCGGCGCCGGCGACCGGGGUUCCUUCUCCUCCUCCAACCACCAUCACCACCCGCCUCCCCCGCCACCGCCCAAGAUCCUCCUCGCCAAGCCGCCGCUGCCGCACGCCUCGUCCUCCGGCGCCGACGACGAGGGGGGCGGCGCCGGGGCCCGCGCGCGCCAGGCGCCGCAGCCGGGAUCGCUCAGCCUCGUCUCCGACGCGUGGGAGGUCCACACCGACAAGAUCCUCCCGUAUUUGACAGAGAACAAUGACUUCAUGGUCAUUGGGGUAAUUGGUCCACCUGGUGUAGGCAAGUCAACCAUCAUGAACGAGCUUUAUGGAUAUGAUGCAAGCUCGCCUGGUAUGCUUCCUCCUUUCCCUACACAAACUGAGGAAGUCAAAUUGAUGGGGAAACACUGUACUACUGGUAUUGACCUCAGACUUUCUAAUGAGCGAGUUAUACUCCUUGACGCUCAGCCAGUGUACAGUCCCUCUGUUCUAAUUGAUAUGAUGAGGCCAGAUGGUUCGUCCACAAUUCCUGUCCUUAACGGCGACCCCUUAUCAGCAGACCUGGCUCAUGAGCUAAUGGGAAUCCAGCUUGGUGUUUUCUUGGCAUCUGUUUGCAAUAUAUUACUGGUCGUGUCAGAAGGGAUGAAUGAUUUGUCUAUGUGGGACCUCAUGCUUACAGUUGAUUUACUGAAGCAUAACAUACCUGAUCCAUCCUUGUUGACCUCAGCAGCUUCCCAAGACAAGGAAAACAAAAAUGAUGACCAAUCGGGCAGUGAAGACUACAUUUCUGAUCUCUGUUUUGUGCAUGCUAGAUUGCGGGAACAAGAUUUUUCUCCUUCAAAACUCACGCUUCUAAGAAAAGCUCUCGAGAAGCACUUCAACUCGUCCUCUUUCAGAAUUGGUAGCUCCAGUGCGACAGGUCAAGUUUCUGAUUCAUCAGUUUCUUCAAGUACAAAAUUUGUAGACUUGUCCUCCAGCCGGCAGGACAUAUUUCUUCUUCCCCUGAGAGGACACGACAACUCAACAAAGUUUGAGUAUGGAACACACUCAUGCAUGCUAGGGAUGCUCCGUGAUCAGAUCCUGUCGUGGCCAGCAAGGUCAUUCUCGAAGAAUCUCUCAGAGCGCGACUGGUUGAGAAGCUCAGCGAAGAUCUGGGACAUGGUGAAGAAAUCCCCCGUCAUCGCGGAUUACUGCAAGGCGCUUCAGAGCUCAGGAUUGUUUAGGAAGUAGCCAUAGCUGUCUCUAGUCCCUCACUUGGACCGACUCGAAGACUGAUGAAUCAGAUGAACUUGACGGCACGACAAUGUGUGUCGAAACUUUGUACCAUCACUAUUCCAGUGUAAACAUGCUCUCAUUAGCGAUAAUAUAUUUCUAGGUACCGUUGUAUGUUUA